GAUCAGCUGAGAAAACAACACAAAAGUUGCUGAUAAAACUGAAAACCUGAAAGGAGUUUGUGCACUGUUAUGACCGGUUUUAACAGGACGUUCGUGUUAUGCAUAAGGUUAUCAAAGUCAACUAGAGAAUCUUUACGACGGACUCCUCAUUCGAAGCGGACUGGUGACAGAAGCAAGGAUGGCUUCUCGGGAUGGCGAAGUGUCGAAUGUUGUUGUUGACAUAAUUCAGCCUGGUCACUCACAUGUUGCAAACACAAGCAACAGUGGCAGCCCCUCUCAUCUAGGCUAUCUCUCCGAGGAUGAAAGCAGCUACGUCGACACCGACAACACCGCUGGGAACACGGAUCGCACCCCACUGCUUCAUUCGUCCCUAGCCUGGCGCCUGCCUCGGAGUCUAAGUGGUUAUGGCUACACGAACUUUGAAGCGUGCGCCGGGCCGGACACUUCAGGUCGUAAUCACCGCACCCUGGGGGGAUUCAUGGGUGUCUUCACUCCUGUGGCCCUCUCCAUGUUCAGCACCAUGCUGUUUUUGCGACCAGGGUUCGUCGUGGGUCAGUCUGGAAUUUUAGAGACGACCGCUCUCUACCUGCUGGCCUAUCUUAUCUUGGUUCUUACUGUCCUGUCAAUCUGUGCUAUCUCCACCAAUGGGGCAGUGGAAGGAGGCGGAGCCUAUUACAUGAUUAGCCGUGCCCUGGGACCUGAAUUUGGGGGAAGCAUAGGCUUUCUCUUCUUCAUUGCCAAUGUCUUCUCCUGUGCUCUCUACAUCAGUGGGUUUGUGGAGGGCGUGAUGGAAAACUUUGGGCCAAGUGGUGAAGCGCCAUUCCUUCCUGGGGGCACUCGUUGGUGGGAUUAUCUCUACGCCAGCAUCAUCGGCCUGGUCUGCCUUAUUGUCUGUGUUAUUGGAGGAGCCAUGUUUGCCAGGACACUUGUCUUCAUCCUACUGGUUGUGGUGAUAUGUGUUAUUGGCGUGAUUGUCAGCUUCUUUGCCCAGAAAAAGAACUUGCCCAUAGACAUACCUGGAAACAACCCAGUGGUCUAUCCAAACGGCACGGAAGACACCAAAACUGGACUAUACACAGGCCUGAAUAGCACAACCUUCUCUGACAACUUGUUGCCUGGAUACGAGAUUGACUAUAAGACUGGGAAUAUGAUGAACUUUGCCUCAGUGUUUGCCAUCUUGUUCAGCAGUGUGACUGGUAUCAUGAAUGGGGCCAAUAUGUCAGGGGAGCUAAAAGAGCCUGGACGCUCCAUCCCUAGGGGCACUCUGUCGGCGGCAGCUUUCACCUUUGUUACCUAUCUCCUGCUCUCCUUCCUCAUUGCAGCCACAUGUGAUAGGUAUCUCCUCUACAACAACUACCUGUUCUUACAGCAGAUCAACCUCUGGCCUCCAUUUGUCAUUGUUGGAAUCUUUGCGGCCACUCUCUCGGCGGCUUUAGGGAAUCUCAUUGGAGCAUCUCGGAUUUUGGAGGCCUUGGGAAAUGACCACUUGUUCUGGGUGAUUUUGCGACCAGCCACUAUUACCACGAAGGGAGGAAACCCAUAUGUAGCAGUGCUUAUAUCCUGGGUUUUGGUGCAGUUGGUAUUGCUGAUUGGUCAGCUGAAUGCCAUCGCUCCCCUGGUGUCCGUGUUUUUCUUGCUGUCUUACUUUUCCACCAAUCUGGCAUGUUUGGCUCUAGAGGCCGCCUCAGCACCCAACUUCAGGCCUACUUUCAAGUACUUCACCUGGUACACUUGCGCUAUAGGUAUGAUCGGCUGUAUCGUCAUGUGUUUCCUCAUCUCUGCCAUCUACACCUCCAUCGCCAUCAUCUUCAUGCUCGUGCUCAUCAUCGUGCUGCACUUCCAGUCCUUACCCACCUCCUGGGGCUCUAUCAGUCAGGCUCUCAUCUUCCAUCAGGUGCGUAAAUACCUUCUGAUGCUGGACAGCCGCAAAGAGCAUGUCAAGUAUUGGCGACCACAGGUCCUUCUCAUGGUGUCCAACCCACGUCAGAGCUGCGGAGUCAUCGACUUCAUCAAUGACAUCAAGAAGGGCGGGCUGUAUGUGCUCGGGCAUGUCAAGAUAGGAGAUUUACAGCAGAGUGGCCGUGACCCCGUUCUGGAAGAGUAUCCUCAUUGGCUUAGCCUGGUGGACCAUCUGAAGAUCAAGGCUUUCGUGGAAAUUACCCUGGCUAAGAACGUUGUGGAAGGCAUGCACCAUCUUGUCCGUAUCGCGGGCCUCGGCGGUAUGAAGCCCAACACCAUUUGCCUCGGCUUCUAUGACAAUUUAGAGCCAAAGGAUACCUUUGGUAAAGCGCAAAAAAAGAAGCGGGUGUUUUUUGGGUCAGUUGAGGAUGGACGGCAGAAAGAUCUAGAAGAUGCUUUCCCAGAGAUUAGACAUAUCAGCGAUCAGAAGCUGGUGAACAGAACGGAGUAUGUGCAGUUAAUAGUGGAUGCGCUGAAAAUGCAGAAAAACGUACUCCUUUUGCGACACUUUGACAAACUGGACAAGAAGAUGCUGAAGACGUCAAACGGCAAGUUGUAUAUCGACGUCUGGCCCGUGAACGUGUUUCGUCCGGAGACGGCCAGCUAUUUCGACAACACAUGCCUGUUCAUGCUCCAGUUGGCCUGUAUUCUGAACAUGGUUAAGGAGUGGCGCGAGAGGACCUGCCUGAGGGUGUAUCUCUGUGUGGACGCCACCAACGACGACACGCUAAAGAAAGAGAAACGUCUAGAUCAGUUCCUGCGUCAGCUCCGUAUCCUGGCCCAGAUAAAACUCGUCAUGUGGGACACUGUGGUCCAGAAGCUGAAUGCCUCAGACACCGAGGCUGAUCGUAAUGAGGAAACCCCACGUCCCGGUACUGUCCUCAUGACCGACUUUGAGAACGUCCCAGAUGACUACAGUCGAGAAAUGAACAGUCUGAUCAUGUCCAAUUCUGUCCAGACAGCGGUCACAUUCCUUUACCUGCCACGCCCUCCGAGUUCUCAGGGUAACUACUCAACGUACCUGGAGCAGCUGACAACAUUGUCAGAGAAUUUACCCCCAACUGUGUUUGUGCAUGGGCUACAUCCAGUCACCUCAACCACAUUGUGAUCAUCUCUUCUUUUAGAGGACUGUUGUGUGACUUCAGAAAACAUGUCGCGCAAUAUCCCAGUCAGUCUAGCAAUGUGUUAUCAGUCUUUCAGUGUUUAUAAGUGUUUACACUUUAUAGCUUUACCUCACAGCAAAUGUAUUAGGAGGUAUCAUUGUUUGCAACACAUUACCCAUCUUUCCUACAGUGUAUUUUGUUUUGUUGUUGUGAAUGUUUUCAUUGAGAUAUGCUAUUAAAGUUUGUAUAUUGCAUAUAAACAUAUAUUACACUAAAUACAGCUGGGUGAUUAUAGCUGUAAAAUACGCUGUGUGUGUCCAUUUAGGAUGUAUCCCAUGUAAUACAGACAAGCAAUUACAGCUGUAAAACAAAUUUUAUGUGUCCAUCUAGGCUGUAAACCAGCCUUCCGCUUGCACAUGUUUGUAACUUUCAUGCAAUACAGCUGAGUGAUUACAGCUGUACUCCAUACUGUUCAUCUAUGCUGUAUCCCAGUGUGCUGUUAGCACGUUUGUAACUUUCAUUUUCAUGCAACGCAGCUACGUGAUCACAGCUGUAAAGUUGACUCCAGUGUGCUGUAAGCAUAUGUUUGUAACUUUCGCUUUCAGUUUCAUGCAAUGCAGCUGAGUGAUUACAGCUGUAAAAUAGACUUCAUACUGUUCAUCUGUGCUGUAUGCCAGUGUGCCGUUGGCACAUAUUUGUAACUUUCACUUUCAUUAAAUGCAGCUGAGUGAUUACAGCUGUAAAAUAGACCCAAUACUGUUCAUCUAGGCUGUAUGCCAGUGUGAUGUUUGCACAUGUUUGUAACUUUCACUUUAAGUUUCAAACAACGCAGCUAAGUGAUUUAAGCUGUAAAAUAAACUCCACAGGUUAUUCAUGUAUGCUGUGUGCUACCCUCACAUGUUUGUAGAUGUCAAUUUCAUUUUCAGGCGACACAGCUGAGUGAUUGCAGCUGUAAAAUAGACUUGUAGUGUUCAUCUGUGCUGUUUGCACAUGUUUGUCUUUAGUUUUCCCUUUCAUGUACUAGAGCUGAGAGCUCUAUUUUUGCAUGUCCAUCUUUCACUUUCAUAUGAUAAAACUGAUUAACUACAGACGUAGUUUUACAUUCAUCGAUAGCUCUCAUCCUUAACAGCUGGUAGCAGCAGAUAAAAGACUUACAGUUCACAAUUUACUGAUUACUCUGGCCAAAUUUGACAUUGGAUUAGAAUGUUAUGUGUUUAUUCCAUUGAACGUUUUAUAUAUCUUCCUUGCUUUAUCACAUCUUUAAGCCUUGAUUUGUGGGACUCAGAGGUCACUAAGCAUAGGUUAUAUCUAAAGAUUAUGACAGAGAGAUCUGUCAAUCACUAAGGCUUUGAUUCAUUUUGCUGAAUUCCAUCAUUCCUCAGAACAUUUCUAAGACUUGCUGUGCACCCAGAAAUUUGCUGGCCUCUAUCGCAAAGGAUAGAAGAGGUCAGAGGUCAAGGAGGCCAGUAGGAGCCCCUGUGAUACAAUACAUGAAUAAAAAUACUUAUGUGAACAUCUCAAAUAGAAGGUUGUAUAGUGAGGAGUUCUGUAAUCAACAGAAUCACUUUCUAACUGUUGGAUCUUAUGAACUCCAUGUUAUGUACUGUAAUUCUUCAAUCUUUUUAGAAAUUUGCAAAGUGUUUGUUCAAGUAUAUUCUGAAGGCAUUGUUUUGUGUUUACUAAUAAAAGUAUACUUUUUGUUAGGCCCUGAAAUUGGCCAAUCCAAUUUUUUUUUUCUAAAAUCAAAUUACAAAGGUGCAUAAAUUGCACUGCAAGUUACUCUUUCAUGUGCGAAAAGAUUGAGGAAGU